AGUCGUAGCAGCGCGAAGGAAGGAGAAACAUUUCACCGGAAGUCAUAUGUCAAAUACGUGCUGACUUCCGCUGCGGUGCAGAGAGAACUGUGGGUACCAUCUUGGCAGAUGUUACUGUUUUGUUAUUGAGAAAAUGUCGUCGGCAGGUAGGAGAGGGAAAUAUAAUCUUAGAAGCCCUGGAUAACAAACAAACAUGAAGAAGAAAAAGUUUAAGUUUGACGUGAACUUUAAGUUGAACCAGCUGACGAGUGUACCUUUCGUUAGCGGAGUUCUAUUCGCUAAAAUGAGAUUAUUAGAAGGUGGAAAUUUUACGAGCUUUUCAACCAGGGAGGAAGUUGGAAACCAUUGCGUAAAGUGGGGAAAGAACGUUACUUUUCCAUGCAAAAUGACAGCGAAUGUCUCUACGGGAGUUUUAGAUGCGUGCAACUACCGAGUGUCCAUUCGGAAGGAAACCAAAGGAGGCAAAGGUCACAUCAAGCUUGGCUUUGUGGAUGUGAACUUAGCAGAGUUUGCUGGAUCAGCUUCAACUGUAAAGCGAUAUAUUCUUGAAGGAUAUGAAAACAAGACUGAUUUGCGCCAGGACAACUCAAUUCUUGAGGUUGAAAUCAGUAUGCAGCUCACAUCUGGAGAUUCAAUUUUUAAAGUACCUUAUUCACCAUCACACAAUCAAGCGACAACUGAAACAGCAGAAAACAGAGCACCACCCUCUGAUCAUGACUCAGUCAGUGAUGCACCAGGAGUAGCUGAGGCAAGAAAAUCAGUCUUGAGUGGCAGCCAAGAAAGUGUAUCAGAAAAUCAGGAAACUGCAGGCAGUGAUCCUGAUAAAGUGAACUUCAUUCCUGGGCAUUCACGGAGCUUCAGUGAGCCACCCUGUGGCGGCAGUAGCCAUGUCAGGAGCAUCAGCACACUGUCACGGAUAUCCGGGUAUUCAACUGGUCAUUCUUUUUCAUCCAGCUUGGAGGGCAGAUCUAGUAGGAGGAAACAAAGUUCAGGGUCUGGGAAAGGUGGGCACUCAGGGUCUGAUGACACAGCAUUUUGUGGUUCUGAGCAAACAUUGUCACCAGCUCCUGAGAGGCAAGGCAAGAGAAUAAGCUGGAAGAAACCUGAUGACCAAAGACCAAGCCACAGCAGAGUUAAUGCAGAUGAUGUCAUUGAACAAAUUUUUAGUGGGCACAAUUUUUCAGGUGAUGAAAAUCCAUCAGGUGAUGAACUUCAAGGUAACCAGUUGUCAGUGCUUCUCACAAAAGAUGGUACAUUGAGUAUUCCUGGAGGAUACAGUAGACCUAUUCCAGAAGACAAGUACCGGACAUUGUGAAAUAUUACAACUCCACAAGAAUAUUCCACAACUCAGGCAGCCCAAUCUGCUAUCAUUACUACUAUGUGUAUAAGUUACUGUACAUGUUACUCCAUUUGUAGAGAGCUUUCUUUAGAACAUAUUCAUAGAAGUACUGGUACUUUAUUCAUGUACAUAACAGAGAACUCUGUAAAGGAAUUUUAUACAAAUCUGUGUGUGCUACAUACUUCAUAGCGUAAUGUGUAAGAUAAACCACACUCAUUAAUUGCAUUUUAACCCUUUAACUCCCAAGAUUUCAUGACUAAUUCUCCUUACUGUCUGCCACACAAUUUAUAUGAUGCUAGUUUGGAGAAUUUAGAAUUGGAUCAACCAGUAGUCCCCCAAUUUAUAUUUUUCUUUAUUCUCAUUACUUGUCUGCUUGAUAUCGUACUGAUAAUUUAAGGAGAAAUUCUGUCACUAGUGGGACUUUAAGGGUUAAUGAUUUUUUGCACUGCCCCUAUGGCAUGGUAUAGUAAGUCUUCAGUGACCUUCCAUGCAGUGGAUGUGUGUGUUGUGUGUUCCUUACUGCAAAGGUAGUUACACAUAGCAAAACAUCUGCAGAAGGUCUGAUUGUAUCAUUUACAUGUCUUACAGAGUGGGUCAUCAGCUUUUUCUUAUAUUUAUUUUGUUUUUACAGCAGUUUUUUGCUGGUCUUGUUUGAGGGGCUUUUGACAUUCUCUUCUGUGUAAUCACAGUGCAAUGUUGAUGCCUUCAAUAGUUUGUUGGAACUUUCAAAUUUUUUCUUUCUCAAAUGAAGUACACACAAUGUGCAUUGAAUGAGUGAGGUGUGUUCUGUUGAUAUGCUAUGAAUAAUCCCUUAGUGAUUCAAUCAUGAUGCCAUGGUUUUAAUUUUGUUGGUUAGUUCAUUACUUUAAGAAUCCACUUUGUAGCUUUUGUCUAAAACAGUGGCUGACAAAAGUACUCACUAAGGAAGAUUGACUCAGACAAAAACAUGAAGAACAGUGAAUUUUCAAGCAGGUUCCUUGAUAACAGUUUGCUACAGUGCCCUGGAGGCACUUGGUAGCUGGUCUUGUUUUUCAUGUUACCUUAGUUUUAAAUUUAAGCAAGGGUUGGAGGGAAAUAUUUUGAAAAGUAGAGUGAAAUGUAGUACGCAUGAAGGUCAGCAUAAUUGUAAGUCCCCUUGGUUUAGAUUUAAGGAAAUCUCUCCUUACAAAAUUGUCAUACCAUGGGAGUUUUCCAAUAGUGGAAGUUAUACUUAAGUCUAUUUUGUCCAUGACAGACAGUGACUUAGGUGAUUAAUUAAUGUUACCUUCAUCACACAAAAUUCUACCCAUGAUCCACUAUAUUUUAAAGGGGGUGGUUUUAGUUUGGAAUUUUUUUUAGUGAAAUCUUUUGAUACUAAUAUUAGGUAGAUUUUUUUCAGAUGUUUAUUUGACUAUUUGAAUUGUUCCAAUUUCAUGUGUAAUUUAUUUCUUAGUUAUGGGGGUGAAUGCUUCUUGCAAAUUAACUCAUUCAAAUAAUUUGGUAUGACAGCCAUAAGCUCAAGGAGGGAGCACCAAACACCUAUGGAGAUAAAACAGCAAUUUUAACUAAAGAAAAUAUGAGGAAAUUAAGGCAGUGUUCAAUAGAGUACCUGAUUGUGGGAUGAGUUAUAAUUUAUUUAUAAUUAGAUUUCCUAUUCAUGAGAAUAUAUCGGUAUUGGCUGUAUGUCCUGUCAAAGAAUUGAUCUUGUCCAUCAUAAGUGGUUUGAAAUUGUAAUUUCAACUGAAGUAUGACACAUGAUGUAGCUGCAAUUUUUUUUAUUAUAAUUAUG